AACCAAACCUUUCCAGAAACAAAUCAAUCAAUCAAGUUAACGGGGUAAUCAGACUAAACUACAAGUUGAAUAUUACCCAAUUAUAACAAUUUGCGAGGAUAGUUUGGAAUAAAACAAAAUACUACAAGUAAAUUCCCGACAACAGUUUAUUGAAAAAAAAAAGCACAAUGUCUGAGGUGAAAAGAACAAUUAGAAUAACCACGGAACAACAUAUCUUGAAAGAUGUGCCUCCUGUAGAAAACUACCCAAUGAGACAAUGGAACAUUCAGAUUAGUAUGUUGGAUGCCUCUGGUCAAGAAAUACCUGCUAAUAUCUUGGACAAGGUGACAUACACUUUACAUCCAACUUUUGCCAACCCAAUAAGAACAAUAAAACAAUCACCAUUCAGAGUCGAAGAACAAGGGUGGGGUGAGUUUGAUAUUCCUAUCUCGGUCCACAUUCUAGGUUUGGCUGGUAAGGCAGGUGAACGUAAAUUCCAACAUGAUUUGAACUUCUAUCAAGAAAAAUAUGUUAAUGACCAUGUCAUAUCGAUUCCAGUCUCCAGCACCAAGAAUCCAGCUUUGAAUAAGCUCUUAUUGGAAAGUGGCUCUUUGCCUUUUGAUGAUGGCUCUGCAGCUGGCGCCAAGAGGAAAUUAGAAGGAAAUGGCUCUUCCUCUGACUUGUCUAAGGUAAAGAAACUGAAGAGUGGAACUACUGCAGGUGCUGCUGUAAAAGGAAGUGUUGAUCUCGAGAAAUUGGCCAACGGCUUGACUAAAUUGAAUGAAGAUGAUUUAAUUGUCAUUGUCCAAAUGGUAACUGACAAUAGAACCAAUGAAAUGAAUAUCAAGAAUGAUGUUGAAAGUGGUGAAUUUACAAUGGAUUUGUACACAUUACCUGAAUCCUUGUUGAAAAGUUUAUGGGAGUAUGUCAAGAAGCAUACCACUGAAGCAUAAGUUGUUUGGUAAUGCUUUUUUUUUUUAAGUUUAAAAAUGUAGUUUGUUGAAGUUGUAGUGUAUUAGGUUUUGUUUAUUCAUAUUCAAAAUAAAUCUAGAUAAUAAUCAAGU